GUCUUUUUCUGCACCGUUUCUUUCUGCAUCCUGUAUCUUUAUGUAAACAGGAGGAGAACAGGACAGCAGGCCUGUGAGUGUAGAGGGAGGAGAGAAGAGAAGGAAAUGGAGGAAGUGACUGCAGCGUGUCUGUUACCACACUAAUGAAAGGAAGACAUCCUCGCUGCAAAACAGCCAACCCAUCGCAACAGUCACUUGACCAUGAAGAAGAGAAAGAAGAAGAUGACAUCACUUCUUCCUCAUGCCCAUUAUGUGGGCGUGUAUUUGACAAGCCCCUCCUCCUACCCUGUGCACACACUCUAUGUGGGCGGUGCUUAACAGAGAAGGCAAGGUUAGAUAAACGCAGGUCUGCAUUAACAACUGCAUCCCAGGGGUCUCAUACGAUCUGUGCCGUCCUCUGCCCACGCUGUUGCCAUGGCAUUGAACUGCCCUGUUCUGAUUGGUCGAGUGCUACUGCAUGCCUGCCCCUUGACCCCACAGUGAUCUUUGAUCCGGGAUCUGGCACACAGGAGGAGGAUGAGAAAGAGGAGGAAGUCAGGAAAAAAACAGCACAGAAACCAGGAGGCGACGUGGAUCUGUCCGAGGAGGAGAUGGAACGUUCCGUCUCAGGUCUACUCUUUGCUCUAGAUGAAUCCUCCAUAACCCCGCCCCUCCAGCUCACUAACUCCGCCCUCACAGUCACCUUCAAGGACUCUGGCACUCAGGCUGGAGGUCGUGACCUCUGUGCAUCUCUCCCUCAUGUGUGUGCUGAUGUGGAAAUCCACAGAGGACAGUACUACUGGGAAGUCGAUGUGUGCAACAGCGCCCUCUACCGCAUUGGUGUGAGCUCAUUGGCUGGUGGUGAUGCGUGGUGGUUUGAGAGGCGUGGCUCUGGAUUCCACGCUGUGUUUGAUGGCAGACGCGAGCUCCUUCCCUCAAUCCCGCCACAGCUUAAAACAGUGGGCGUGUUCUUAAAUGUGGGUGGGGCUUCUCUCACCUUCCACAACCCGUUAACAGAAGAACUUCUUGCCGCGAUCCCGUCCAUCUUCACUCCUCCUCUUUGCCCUGCAUUUCAACUGGGCCAGGGAAGGCUGAAGCUCCGCCCAGGCCUGCCUCCACCCAACCACGUCUUUCUGAGCCGCAACUCAGCCUAUCGGGGACCUGAAGGGGCAGGGCGCGGGCGGUGGAGGCGGGACGUUGCGUUUGGGUCAGUGAGGGUCGUGAUACAGAAGUUCGAAGAAAUGUCGGCUUCGGAUUCCGAUUCGGGCCUGAUGUCCAGCUGUAGCUCCGACUCCACCCUGGCCUCCAUCCCUGACCCGAGUCCGGAAACUUCCGCAUCUCGUCCAGCGCGAGAACGCUGAAGAACCUGAGAGUGUCUUCUACUGGCUAUUUCAUAAUCAUCUGCAGAAGACAACAAGCCACAAACUCCUCCAUGGCUCCCUGUACACUAUCACUUACUCGUCUUAUUCAUCGUAUCUGCAGUGCUAACAGUGCGGGAGCGAUAUCUGAGAUCGUCUGUCAAAACACUUCUGCUUCACUGCGUUAAUACAAUGAUAAUUAACACUAGCACCCUCGUCGCCUAACCAGCUAGCUAAUCAACAAAUAAAUAAAUAAACAUAAAUAAAUAACCAAGCUACGCAUGUUUAUGUGCCCUUAAAUUUGUGCUUAAAAUCCUGGAUGUUGACAUCAUUUGCAUAUUCAGUUCACGCUCAAAAAUCAAAACACAGUGAAAUCCAAUCCAGACUUUGCAACGUGUGCAUAAAAAUCUGGAGUGGUUGUGGUCAGUCCCUUCAGGAUCACAGAAACGAGCGCAAAAUCAAGCAAACUCUGCGGUAUUCAGAGGAGCUUGCAAUUUUUCAAAAUCCCCUCAGAUUUUCUGCAGACUCGGGCCGAGACGUGUUGCGCGAUGUCAUCACAACGUGCGUUCAAUCAAAGCGCUCUUUGAUUCACGUGCGUCGAACGUGAGUACAGCUAAAAGGUCUCACUGACCAACAGACAUGGUUGUGAAAGGGCGAAUUCGAAUCGCUCUCCGCAAAAACGCACAAAAAACUCAUAUAAAUAAUAAAGCCGCGGCAACAUCAUAAGAAACCUCUGUGAAAUCCUGUACGGACUGUGUAGUGUCCGUGAAUGAAGACGUAAUCGAUCACAGGUGAGCUCGGUGAACCGGAGGUGGGCUAACUCUGGAGAUGAGGACCUCUGGUGGUGUGGAGUGGCAUUGUCAGCUCAGCCUGUGACAUCGAUGAUUUAAUGAAAUAAAAAAAGAAGGAGAAUGUCUUUAUACGCUCUGCAGUGAUUGCAGUACCGUCCUGUAUGAUUAAUCUAGGCAUUGCAGGUGUUCCACACGCAUGACUCCUCACAAACGUCCAAACAGAAUUAGCACAAACUCUCAAAACAAUGCUAACACUUAGUUUAGAGUGGAGUGUACGCCACGGCACAUGCUUCAGUUUUUCUAAAUGGCACAAAAUGGGUUUUUCACAAAGAUCUCUAGCAAGAGUGGAUGAAUCCUGCAGUUUAUUCAAACAGACAUGCAGAAGUGAUGUAACGAUGCCACGGCUGUAUGCGUGAGAAAUUAUAGAAAACACGCCUGUUGCUGCAACUAAUCCGGCGGGAUUUUCACAUGAACGCUCUGUGGCAGUUUGAGCUUUCUCCCUGUUUGGAUUUUACCUGACUGAAAUCGCACCCGUGUGCUGUUCCAGAUUGAGCCGUGGUCCGAUGAAUGGCUCAAAAUGUCCGACCGUCAAAAUUGUCUCCGAAGAAGCGGAAAAUUAGCUGCGUGUGAACUGCGACUUGAGUAAACGACUGUUCGAGCGCCGUCGUGACUUUAUCGUAAACAAAUGUGGAAGUCAUUUUCUGUGUAAACACAAACUUCAGGAACUGUGUGUGUGUGUGUCGGGGGUGGGGCCCCCACAUGGGCAUGGGCAUGUCCCCACAAGAACAGGAAUAGCUGACAGUUUUGACUUUGUGGGGACAUUUGAAAAUCUGCAAAGUGUGUUUAAAAAUCUGAAAGUUUCCUUUUGGUUACUGAGGUUAACAAACAUGUCUGUGUGUGUGUGUGUGUGUGUGUGUGUGUGUGUGUGUGUGUGUGUGUGUGAGAGUGUGUGUGGUGCCCAAUUAAUUAUUUAGGUGACAGAUGGACGUAUGGCACGCUCAUUCAGCUCAUUGUUUUUAUUUGGUUCCAGAGAAACAGGAUGCAGUCAGUCCGAAAAGCGAGAAACUCCUGAGUGUGUUUUAAGUUUCGGCGCCCGCAUGUGGAAAUGAUUUACGGUGAUCUGACGACAGCGAUGUUACACACAUUCAUUCAUUUUAUUUCCUUAAUCUGUUCCAAGACAACUUAUCAUAACCUAUUACUGAGCUGCAUACACACUUAGUCACCCUCUGUGUGUGUGUGUGUGUGUGUGUGUGUGUGUGUGUGUGUGUGUGUGUGUGACUUGAUGUCUGGACUUGAUAAACACCUCAUGGCGUCAGUUGUGGUGUGUGUUUGAGAGAGCGGAUAUGUGUGUGUUUGUCAUACCCUAACCAUUUCCAAACACUCAGCCUCGUUUAUCUUUAUCUUUCAAUAAAGUUGUGUAUAAAUGUU